AUAUACGGUAUUUAAAGAGUGUUGACAUGUGAUCAUCAAAUCAUUACAAGUGAUCGACAAUUAUUUCAUUGAAAGACAUGUCAAUCAAUAAUCCGACGUUAGAUGAGUUGCUAUCGUCGCCAAUCGGGUCCAAGUGGUCACCGGCUACCGCGUCCCGAACCAGUUAUACUCAAGAGAUUCAACAAAUGAUGUACAGCUUCGGUGACUACGAGCGGCCACUCUAUGAAUCGGCGCAACUCAUUGAACAGAUAGUCCACCAACAGAUGACAUCCGUUUUACUACAGGCCGUACCGAUUGCUGAGAGUCGCGGAUCUCGAUUAAUAGGUCUCGAAGAAAUCUUAUUCCUCAUGAGAGGCGAUCGCAAUAAAUUAAGUCGUUUUGUUAAACAUUUGUCUGUUAAAGAUGGUAAAAACACUUUCAUCAGCACUGGUAUUGUCGACGUCGACGAUAUCAUCGACAACAACAACAUCAAUAAUAUCAAUGACAAUAACACAACUUCAAACUUGAAUCAAUUAGUGUCCACCGAUGAUAUGCCGGCAAAACCACCGCAACAGACAAAACGUGUCAAAUAUUGUUAUGAUUUUUUGAAAUCCAUUGACAAUACGGGAACUCUUCUUUCAAUAUUUGAUAACAAUUUUGUUGAUAGCGUUCAACACGAAAGAAAUUUGCGAUCAAAUAAGUUAACCGAUUGUAUGACAACUGAGGAGUACUUGAAUUAUUCUGAGUCGAGACAAACAGGUUUUGCCAAUAAGUCGCGGCCAUCGAAGUUCAGAGAUUGGCUCUUAAAAGACUAUUUUAUUGAUAUGAAACCGAAUCCAUUAGCACUCGAAGUACUACAGUAUUUGGCAAAAGAAACAGUCUCUCAGAUCGUCGAUCUAUCACUUCUUGUAAAACAAGACUUGGAGCGCGACGUAUGUGAUCCCAUGGCAUCGCUUUUGCCACAAAAAAUGAUAAAUAAAGAUUUUCCUCCAAAUCAUCUCAAUUCCUGUCCAAACAGUAAUGAAAGUGAAGAUUUAUUGACAAACUUGUCGUCAAACACACCAUUUUUCAUGACUAACUCACAAUCAGUUAGCUCUUGUAAAAGCACGAUAUCUGGUGGAUCAGAUGGCGGACCAAAGUCAAAGAAACGCAAGAGAGCUGAUCCAUCAAAAGUAUCAUUUGAAGCGCACUCGUAUUGCAUAACUCCGAACCAUAUCCGUGAAGCCAUUCGCCGCUAUUUUACGAAUUCCGGUCCAUUCACUAAAACCCAUCACUCGACUAAUCAGACAAUGAAUUAUCAGAAAAAAUUGUUGUGUCUAUGAAUCAUAACAUAUACUAUACUAUGUUUAUCAUUAAU